CAAGGCGGGGCGGGGGGGAAGCGCUCAGCUGCGGACCCGGGAGGAGCCUUGUGCGCGAAAGUGGGCGCUGCGCUUCCCGGCCUCCCCCGUGGUCCCGCGCUGCUCUCCCGAGGGGCGAGCGGGGAGAGGCAAGUCUUGUUCCUGGCCUGAAGAUGGCUUUUUUCAGGAUGAAGGUCCGACCUGCUCUGUUCUCCUUUCUCUUUCUAUUCCAUUGGAUGCCAAGCUCAGGUGGUUCCCAGCAAGAAACCUGCCAGACUUGUCAAGAUCUUGCCAACAACUUCAAUAAGGGUCUGGAGCGGACACAGCGAGAGAACUUCGGCGGCGGGAACACAGCCUGGGAAGAAGAGAAGCUUGCAAAAUAUGCCAACAGUGAGACACGUUUGCUGGAAGUAUUGGAAGGUGUGUGUUCCACGACAGAUUUUGCCUGCCACCAGCUGCUGGAGCAAAGUGAAGAACAUGUAGAACGUUGGUGGUUCCAUGAGCAGCAGCAGCACCCAGACUUUUUCCAGUGGCUGUGCAUGGAUACACUGAAAUUGUGCUGCCCUUCUGGCACCUAUGGCCCUGAUUGCCACACCUGUCCUGGGGGUACCCAGAAGCCUUGCAGUGGAUAUGGGCAAUGUGAUGGUGAAGGCACACGUGGGGGCACUGGUCUUUGCAUGUGCCAGACUGGCUAUGGUGGUCCCUUUUGUUCUGAGUGUGGAGAUGGCUACUAUGAAGCUGCUCGCAAUGACAGCCACCUGGUAUGUGCGGAGUGCUACCGGGCCUGUGGGCGCUGUUCAGGCCCUGAGGAUUCCAGUUGUUUGCGCUGCAAAAGAGGCUGGACGCUGCAUGACCGAAGAUGCAUCGACAUAGAUGAAUGUGGCACUGAGAUGGCGCACUGUCGCAGCAACCAAUUUUGUGUCAAUACAGAAGGCUCCUAUGAAUGCUGGGACUGCGCCAAGGCUUGUAUUGGCUGCAUGGGUGCUGGGCCUUCUCGGUGCAAGAAAUGCAACAAGGGCUAUCGGCGAGAUGGUGUCAAGUGCCUCGAUGUGGAUGAAUGUGCUGGUGAAGUGGAGGAACCUGUGUGUACGGGAGCCAACGAGGUCUGUGAGAACACAGAUGGCAGCUAUCGCUGCGUUUGUGCUGAGGGACAUCUACGCAGAGAGGGGAUCUGUGUGGAAGACAAGCCCCCAGUGUUUUCUGUUUGACCAGAAGGGACUGACUUCAAAACUUGCUAUUCCACUUCAACCUUAAAAGACUUUAGAGAGGACUUCAAGAAAUCACUGAGAAAUCUCUCCCUCUCCCUCUCUGUUUUCCACAACCCCGUCUCCUUUCUCCAGUCUUUAUGGGUGUUUUCUCAUGCACAAAAGUUUGAUCGCUGGACUAUCGGACAGGAACAAGUGGAAUUUCAACUAAGAAAGCCUCAUUCCUCUCCCUGGCUUUGCUUGUUUGCUUGUUUGAGCUUGUAGGUCACCCACUUCCCUAAUGGCUCUAGGUGGCUUACAGAAAUAAAAGUAAAAUGGCUAAAAAACAGCUAAAACAAAACCAUAGAAUGUUAUUUUGAAACAAGUAUUUUUUAACCAUUGUUAAGAAUUGGGACAAUUAAAAGGCUUGAAUGAACAAGUAUUUUUGCUACGGUAAGAAGUCCCUCCUAAACUGUAAUACAGAGGGGACUUCCUUCAAUUUAAAUUGUGGUUUGUUCCACAACAUGGCCCCUUCCACAGAGAAAGCAGAAGUAACCCUAGAUAUCAAAUGUAUCCACAGCAGGCUCAUUGAAGAUGCUCCAUUGUUGAUCUAAGCGGGCGGGUGGACUGUAUUUGAGUAAGCAACUAAUGGCAUUUCAACAUGAGUUACUUGGGACUUUGGGAGGUCUGCUGCAAUUUCUGGACUAUUUUCAAGGGCCACCACACCAAGAGACCAUAAAAUAAUUUAACCUUGAAGUUGCCAGCGUAUAGGUGACCAAAGCUGGGUCUCUCUCUCUUCCAGAUUGAUCAGCUAAAGCUGAUAAAAGACCUUCCUUGCCAUUAAUGUUAUCUGGCUGUCCAGCAUCAGUGCUGGAUCUAGGAGAACCCCCAGAGUGCAUACCUUAAGGAAGUGUGCAACCCCCUCCAGAAGAUAUGUUUCUCCUGAUUCCUGAAAUCUAGCCUCUGGAAUCAGUAAUAACUGCAUCUUGUUCAUGCUAAGUUUCAGAUCUAGUUUACAGCAGAUAUGGAUGGAUGGAUGGAUGGAUGGAUGGAUAGAUGAUAGAUAGAUAGAUAGAUAGAUAGAUAGAUAGAUAGAUAGAUAGAUAGAUAGAAAUUGCAAUCAAAGGUUCAUUGGUCAGACAAUGUUGGACUAGACCAUUAAUAAGAAAUAGCUAUUUUACUUUGCUUCUAUGUACAUAAUCACCUAUAGGAAGAUCUAUAAAUGUUAGAGGGUAGAAAAUUCAUGUUGAUUUAUAAAUUUAAUGCAACUCUUCAAAACCCUUAAGCUUUCUGGGAGAAUUAUUAAAAAUCCUAAUCAGAUUGUUUCACUGAAAGUCUUUUAUAUGUAAAUGGCUACAUAAUCACUUGAGACUUCUGUAGGUUUUUUUGGUUCCUUUUUUUAAAAUCAUGAUCCAGUUG